UCUUGCUUUUCCCUUUGUGUAUAUCGACACCUACUGUUGCUGAGGCUGCUGCUACACUGGUCGUUUUCUCCUGAAUUUGUUGUUGCGCUUGGGAUAGAAGGACCAGAUCAUCUGCGAAGUCUAGAUCGUCCAACUGCAUCCUAGAUGUUCAUUGUAUCCCGUGCUUCCCUUCAGAUGUUGACGUCUUCAUGAUCCAGUCGAUCACCAGGAGAAAGAGAAAGGGUGAGAGUAAGCAACCUUGCCUAACACCGGUCUUCACUUCGAACGACUUUGUCAACUGUCCUCCAUGCACGAUUUUGCAGUGUAAUCCAUCAUAUGAAUUCUGUAUGAUAUUGACUAUCUUCUGAGGCACGCCGUAGUGUCGAAGAAGUUUCCAUAGUGUUGUUCUGUCCACGCUAUCAAAUGCCUUUUCGUAGUCAAUGAAGUUGAUGUAGAGUGAUGAAUUCCAUUCAAUUGAUUGUUCCACAAUGAUCCGUAGAGUUGCGAUUUGGUCUGUACACGAUCUAUCCUUACAGAAUCCUGCCUGUUGGUCACGAAGUUGGGCGUCUACGCAGUCCUUCAUCCUGUUUAACAAUACCCUGUUGAAGACUUUUCCCGGUAUUGAGAGAAGAGUGAUGCCCCUGUAGUUAUCACACUUGCUGAGAUCGCCUUUCUUCGGUAUUUUGAUCAGAAGUCCUUCCCAGUCUGUUGGUACUUUUUCUCAUCCCAAGUCUUAUUGAAGAGAAUGUGGAGUAUCCUUGCAGUUGCCGCUACGUCUGAUUUUAGUGCCUCUGCUGGAAUGUUGUCUGGUCCUACUGCUUUUCCACUCUUGAUUUGUCUGAUGGCCAUGCUGAUUUCUUCAAUUGUUGGUGGGCCAACAUUGAUUGGGAGGUCCAUGGGUGCUGCUUCGAUGUUGGGUGGGUUCAGUGGAGCUGGUCGAUUCAAGAGUUCUUUGAAGUGUUCUACCCACCUGUUUUGUUGCUCUUCAAUGUUGGUGAUUACCUCGCCUUCCUUGCUUUUCACUGGUCGUUCUGGUUUGCGGCGAUUUCCAGAGAGUUUCUUUGUUAUGUUAUACAGUUGUCUCAUGUUUCCUUCUCUUACAGCCUUCUCCGCCGUCGUUAUUAAAUCUUCCACAUAUUUGUUGGUUCUGAUGCUCCUCUUCACUUGUUUGUUUACUUCUGUGUAUUCAGCUUGUGCCUUGGCUUUUUCUGCUCUUGUUCGACUGGUAUUGAUUGCUGCCUUCUUGUUCCUCCUUUCUUGAAUCUUGUCCAGUGUAUCAACAGUGAUCCAUUCCUUUUGAUGGUGCUUCUUGUGACCCAGAACCUCAUGACAUGUUGACGUGAUUGCCUCUUUGAUCCCCUUCCAGUUGCUCUCCACAGUAGUUCCUUCUCCAUUGAGUAGAUCAUGAAAGGCCUGGAACUUGUUGCUGAGGUCUAUCUUGAAUUCGUAUUGAACUUUUGUGAUAUUGCCCGCCCCAUUGUCCAGUGCAUCUUGAGCUUCAAUUUCAUCUUGGCGACCAGCAAGUGAUGAUCUGAUGCUAUAUCAGCUCCUCUCUUAGUUCUCACGUCCUCUAUAGUCCUCCUAAACGUUUUGUUGAUGCAAAUAUGGUCGAUUUGGUUUUGUGUAGAGUGAUCCGGUGAAGUCCAUGUGGUUUUGUGUAUGCGUUUAUGUGGGAAUAUGGUGCCGCCUAUGACCAGUUUAUUGAAGGCACAUAGGUUUGCAAAUCUCUCACCAUUUUCAUUCCUUUCUCCCAGUCCGUGUCGUCCCAUGAUGUCUUCAUAUCCAGUGUUGUCCGUUCUAACCUUGGCAUUGAAAUCUCCCAUCAGAAUGGUCAGGUCCUUUGUUGGGCACUUCUGGACGACUGGCUGCAGCCUAUCGUAGAAUUGAUCUUUAGCGUCUUCAUUGUAAUCGUUGGUAGGCGCAUAGCAUUGAAUGAUGCUCAUUGAAAUGCCCUCUUUCUCUGUUUUGAAGGAGGCUUUGAUGAUCCUUGGCCCAUGAGAUUCCCAUCCUAUAAGUGCCUUUUGUGCUUGUUUGGACAGCAUCAAUGCAACUCCUUGUGUAUGUGGGGCAUUUACUUCUUCAUGGCCGGAGUAUAACAGAAGCUUUCCUGAAGUUAGUCGUUGUUGUCCAACUUUCGUUCAGUGUGUUUCACUGAUCCCAAGCACCUCUAGGUUGUAUCUCCUCAUUUCUGCAGCAAUUUGGAAGGCUCUCCCGGUGUCCCACAUUGUACAAACAUUCCAUGUACCUAAAUAAAUGGUCGCUCUGGUUGUCAGAAGGGGCAUCGGCCUCGUAACUUCCGAAGGAACUCGGCUUUCAUCAUGAGGCGUCAUAGUUCUUCUAAAUGAAGACCUUCUGACUCCCGGGGUAGAGUUUGAAAGGUUUGAAUAUUUUUUUCUGGUUAGCGUUUUUUUUAUUAGUGAGUUAGUUUUCUACGGGAUGGGGACGCUAACCACAUGCCUGAUCCAAGUAGUUAUUCAUGUAAAUUACAAUCGUUUAACCGCCAUAUUUAUAAAUGAAGAAAUUAUGUGAACUAUGAACUACUGUAAAUUACGAAAUUUCCUAAUUUAAACUCAAACCAUGUUUUGUUAUCAAAUCGAUGUCACUAUGAGGAUGGAUAAGAGUUUAUCACUGUUAUAACUCACCAGAACUUCGUUUCAUUAUAUAUGAAAAUUGAUACUCAUUAUGAAGAUAUUGUACAGUUAUUUAAUUUUCCACAAUAACACCUAGUUAUUUGUUCUUGAAUAUUGUGGUUAAAUGUGUAAACUACAUUCACUCUUUUCAGUUCUAUAGAAUUAAAGAUGAAAUAUAAUUAGUGUACAUGAUAAUAUAUUGACAAAGAUUAAAACUUGUCCAGUGUGUUUUUUAUCCACUUUCUCUAUCGUUUACAUUUUUAAAAACGGUAUUUUAUGCAUCAUAAUAGGUCUGAUGGUACUCGUCUACAUAACGUCGAUGAAGUAUACACAUAUUUAUCAACAAGAAAUUCAGAAUGUGAAAUUAAUUCCAGUAUAAAAGAAUUAAUCGCUGCUCAUUUCAUUUUCGCACCAACAAUCGAUGGUCCUUCGCUUGAGGAUACAUUAAACUUUGUCCAUAGAUUACAGGGUUCUGUUUUAAAAGAUGAAUCAGUGAAUGAUAACGUUUCCCAAUUUCUAACAACUGUAUCAAGUAGUGUAAAUAGUGAUAGUGUUUCACAAGCCGUUAAAUCAUCAGAGGAAGUUUGUAAGUUUAUUGUAUUAUGUGUAUCUUUAUUUGUUAGAUUGUUAGUUUUUGUGUUUUAAUGAUUUCAAUACACUUAACAAUUAAUAAACCUCGUUAUAUUAACACAUUCUUUUUUGUCGGAGAAAAAAAAGGAAUAUUGAAAUUCACGUACUUGAUUGAAAAAGUGAUUUUUAUUUAGUUUCAGUCCACUUUUAUUAUGUUAAUUGAUAUACAUUGGCUUCUCGUUUAAAUGACACUUUUCAGUUUAAUAAAUUCAUUAAUUGAUAAUUAUUAUAUAGAGACUCAAAUAUGAAUUCUUUUUUAAGUUUCUAUCAUUAAAGCACAAUCAUAUAAAGUCUUGUGAAAUAUAAAUCCUACCAAAGUAGAAGCAUUAUUAGAGAUUCAGUUCAAGUUAAUUCAAAUGGUAACAAACACAAAUUUCACAUCAGCUGUAUUAUUCGUUAUAUCAGAGAUGAAGACCAUAAAUUACCAGUCUAGUUAUUAACAAGUGUUUGGUUUAAUCCUGAUUAAUACUGACGGGUGCAAAUAUAAAACGGUAUCAGAUUGAUAGACUCUGAUAAGAUAAUGUCAUGGAUAUUGAAUUCUGUUGUUAACCACUACCAAAAUACCAUACAUUUAACAUAAAUUGGUCAUUAGUCAUAAUAUACAAUUGAUCAAUUAAAUUUGAACGUAACUCGUACGAUACUUGAGCACCUGGCUAGUUUGUGGUAUUGCUAAAUAUUAUCCAUUUAGUGAUUGAAGGUAUAGAUAUAAUUGAGUUGUAUAUUAAGUAUUUUCGUAAGUUUGAUUAUUCGUUUAACAAAACGCAUGUUUGUUAAGAACAGAUGAAGUGGUCAUUGAAAUGGAAAGUGGAAAUUACAUUAAUAUUCGGAUGUUGAAAAAUAUUUGCAAUUUUUCUGUAAGCCGUGCGUCUGUUAAAAGUAGUGUUUGAUUGGGUCUGACAGUUCGAAAAUUGAUUGUAAUAAAGUACAAAAUAUUCUGUUAAAAAUUUUAAUAAUCAUAAAUAUGAGUGAAUGUUAUGUAACACUUACUUACGCCUGUUACUCCUCAUGAAGGAGCAUAGGCCGCUCACCAGCAUUCACCAUCCAACCUUGUCCUGGGCAAUCCUUUGCAGUUGCUAUCCAUGUUUUACAUGUCUGCUCCUAUUUCCCGACUAAGAACAUCAAUUAAAUGUUCGGUAGUCAGAGUAAGGACUUUUUAUAACUUGUUAUAGAUAGUAAUCGACUGAUGUUAACGAUUGGUUUCAUUCUUAACUGAUCUGAGAUUUAUUGGAAAUUCCCCCAGUAAUUUACGGUUGAUGUCACUUAGCGUUGUUUUUCUUUUCAUUCUCAACAUGUCACAUGUUAGCUAACAGAAUACGACUCGAGUAAUCUUUCAGAAAAUGGUCUAUUCUUCUAUAUUGGUCGAAAUUUUUUUUAGAAAAAAAGCAGCAUAAUAGUGAAAGUCAUUCACAAUCAAUGUGAUACCUAGCAUAAUUGUACAUCAGUCAAAGUUGCCACACCAGAUUAGCAUGACAAAAUGAAAUCGAUCAGAUGAUUGAUGAAAAAAGUAUUGGUGGUAAUAAGAUUGAAGCAUAUUGUUCGAAAAAGGAGUAAGUAUUAGAAGGCGAAGAAAGUAUUGAAUCUCAGAACCUAAGAAAAGAUAAGGAAUGAAUACAGCUUUAAUGUUAGAAAUAAUACCCCACUCCAUCCAAGGUCUCUACCCAUUGAUCAUGAUUACCGGGUAGAUACUAAUCAAGUAGUAUGGACCUACCGAAGUGAAUAAUUUCCUGAUGCCAUAACUUACUCCGACCAUUGGUACUGCAUCAGAUUGUGUAUUGUAGUUAGUCGUUUUAUUAUACUUUUUGUAAUCGUAAUUUAAAACCCGCUAACCUGCUGGUUCUUCCACUCUACUCAGGUUUAUAUGCUUAUGAUCAAAUGUCACUCACACGUUGUUCCAUUAUUGUGACAUCACGUGAUUUGUAAUCGAUUGCAAAAUGUUUAAGCAUUUAGAAUAAUUAUUUUUAAAACAAGAACAUAAUAUAUUAAAUUAUUAUGAGAAGGUAACUACACUUCAUCCAGUUAGAAAAGACUGUCUAUGGAGUGUACAACAAAAAGUUGUAGCAAUGUUGUUCCUGACUUCUGUUAUUGACUUCCAUGACGUUUUAAAUCUAUACAGGGAGUCUUGAUAAAGCGAUAAUUACUCAUCAACAAUAAAUAUCAUUCAUUUCAUUGCAUCAUGUUAUAGCCUUGUUAACUUGUCAUGUUUUCUACCUAAUCACAUCGCAAGAAAAUAAUGUUCGGUAUAAAAGCAGCCAGUACUCGAUAUGAAGUUUUAAAGUCGAUAAAUUUGAUUGUUGAGCCACUAUAAUCUUUCAAAAUCUUUGUGGUUUUCGUCUAUUUAGUUCAUACUGAAAAUAAAAAUUGUGAGUUUGAUAAUUGGAGUCAGCGAAACGUUAAAGAUCAUUGGCGUGUCUACUGCAUAAAGUAGGCGCUAAAAGGACAGUUAAAUCUCGACAAUUAAAUUUACAGCAACGAAAUUAUACUGAUUGGGUAGUUGUGCAACGGUGUAAUUUUGUAAUUUCACUGUGCUUAUAUAAUAAUAUUGAGUAAUUGAAAAAAAGAGUAUUAUAAUAUUCAGUAACCAUUUGAGAAAUUCAGUUAAACAGUUACUAGAUUACAUAAUAUUUACAAAGAAUUAACGAAAUAUCUUGAUAAAGGGCCAAUAUUAUAGUAACCCUGUAAGACUCAACAAACAGGCUGAAAAUAUGUAAAACCACAAAAGUGAAAGGAAUCAGGAAUUUUUUUUGUUGAAAGAAUGAGUUUCAUCAAAGUUCAGCUAAAACUCAUUCUCAUAUCAAUGCUCAAGGUAGAGAAGGUGAUUGUACAAACUUCUUAGGAAUGCAAAGAAUAAUUUUGUGAAGAUGGGUUCCGAUAGCUUCAGCAAUGUCCACAAGACGAACUUGUAAACCUUACGAUAAAUUUGAUGAAAUAUGGUUGCUAACCGUAAAGACUUUAUUUAGAUCAAUUUGAUAUCUUUGUCCACUAAGUGAGCGAAGAUAGAGCACUUAGUCAUUCUCACUUGUCCUUUGCUCAACCAAGAUGGAUGGUGUUUUGCUAUGCUAUGAUGGACUUGUGGAAUUGUACACACCGUACAAGUGGUUCCGCGGGAGCAGUUGAGUUAAUAGCGAAUUGAUGGUUUCCAUUAUUAGACGAUUGUAAAAAACGCAUUCAGUUUGGCUGCCGUAAAUGUUUUCUGCACAACCUUUUCCUCGGUCGCGUCACUUAGGGAUUUCAAGAACAGUAACCUCUUGGGAACGGUUGUUACCUUGUGUCAUAUUUUCAUUUCGUUCAUGUGUUUUUGAUAAAUUCUGUCGGAUAUGCAUUCCUACUGAGUAAGCUUCAAUGAGUCUGUUAGUUGCCUUCCAAUUUAUUUAUUGUUAAACAAUACAUAGAAAGUCCACAAGCUUAUAAUUUACUCAUUUCCAUAGUGCUGUAUCAGUUAUGUAUGAAAAAAACAGUAAAAAAAUCUGUCUCAUAGUUUCAGAAUGCUUUGCUCUGAUGUCAUCAUGGAAGACUAAUUGAGUAAUGUUCAUAAUCUGCUUAGUAGGAAUGUAUAUCCAACGAAAUUUGUCAAGAAGCACAUGAAUGUAGAGCCAUGAUGAAUUAUUCUGAAGGAACCUGCUUCGCUCUUUUUGUUUUACUAGAUGUCGAAAUGGUGAUUUUUCAUUGAAAUGUUUGAAUCAGUGAAUGAUAUACUGUAAAAAGAACUUUCUUUUUAAUGACAAACAGUUAAAUAUCUAAAAGGUUUUGAGAGAAAUUUGCAUCAAGAGUUUUUUCAUCGGUUUACAGCUACUUUUAUCACAUUAUUUGUUAUAUUUUAAAUCCCCUGUAGAGAUAAUUUAUGUUAUAUUUUUUAACAGCCGCCUGUCGUGUUACGUUCAACCCCGAUUAUUUACCAAACUCUGACCUGCCAGCAAAACGAUCAAAAUUAUCUGAUGAUUUACUUAGUUCAGUUUGUAAGCCAAAAGAGCCAUCUACAUUGAAGGGACAGUCCGUUAACUGUUCAGUCAAUACAACUAUCAGUGCAUGUCCUACACAGUCAUUUGUAUCAUCGAAUAAUUGUGAACUGAAUAUUUUGUGUACUGAUGCACUGUAUACUUCACCAAUUGAUCGAAUUCGUGAAGGACCAAGUGAUUUUGAAAAUAAUCAAUUCACUCACAAGCAAAACUUAAAUAAUUUGAGUAAGAAUGAAGCUGAAAAUUUCUCAACUUCGUCUACUAGCGUAUUUCCUGAUAUAUCUUCCAGUCGAAUAAAACCAAGUCAGUUGCAAAAUGAUAGCGAAGUAGUUGCUAAACUUACCACUGAAACCCUUACAACUGGCGCCUUGCGUACAUCGUUAGCAUCACUAACUACUGAGGUUGUUCCGUCCGUUAUAUCUCCGUCCAAGCAGAUUGGUGUAAAUGCUACAAAUUUUAGUUUAUCAGACGCUACUAGUUCAUGUUUCGAUCCAUCUCAGGCAAAUUUAGCUACACUGAACGUCUUGCAACAAAAUUCUGUUAAUCCACUGUUCACUGAACAAUUACUUGGAAUCAGUCAAAUGCGUCAUAUUCAACAUCCACAGCAGCAUAAUCAUAAUUUGAGUUCAGGCAUCACGGUCACAGUACCGACACAAAACAUCAUAGGAAACUAUCCAUUUGGUGUUUUAGCUAGUCAGUCUCUAUCAAAUCCUAUUUUAUCAUCUUUAACAGCUGAAUGGCUUUCAAAUCUUCGUUCAUCUGCACAACAAUCGAUAACUAGUAGUACUCUGCCAGAGUUGACACUGAAUUCAGCUAUUGACAAUUUAAAUGCAACUUCUGUUCUUCAGCAAUAUCAACAACGACAACGUUUCUUAACUCUGGCAGCCUUACAAAAACAUCAGCAAAAUCAAGCAUUAGCCCUGAUUCAAAAUGCCGUCUUGCUCCAACAACAAAGGAAUAAUAGUGUUGCAAACGCUGCUGCACUUGUCUUACGCCAACAACAAGAGCAACAGUUGGCAGUAGCUUCUUUACAAGCCCAAAGUUAUAUAGCUGCUUUACAACAGCAAUUUACUAAUUCACAUACCUAAAAUAGACUUCUCAUUACCCCAUUAAUAAUAAUAUACAUAAGUAAGAGAUUGAUUUAUUCACACCGUUCUUCAUUGGUAUGUUGUAUAUCACACAUCUAUUGACAAAUGUCUUUCUCAUUUGAUUCAUUUUUUUAUUGAUUUUCUCCUCACAUUGUGCCUACGCUAGUCUGAUGUAUUGACAGUUAUGAUAUUUGAUAAUACUAGUCGCUCCUCAAAGGUAUACUCGUAUAUGUACACAUGUUGAUACUGGAAUUUCUGCUUCCCUUGCAUUUCUUUUCUUUUAACUAAACACUUCUAUUCAUUUUGAGUUUGUAACAGUGUUCUAUAACUACAGCACUGACUUCUCAUUACCAUUCGGUCCUGUAUUUAAAUGUUAUGUUGUAAUUAUACUUUCCUCUCAAAUCUUAUUUUUUGGUAGUAUAUUUAUGUAUUGUACUAUUUGAUCAUUCUUUGUAUAGCUAUCUUUUCUUAGGUGUUUCUGUGCGUUCGUUUCCAUUUGUAUUCUGUUUUUCUUUGUCUAUAAUAUUCUCUCUCUCUCUCUAGCUUUCAUCAUACCAUUUUACGUAAUCAUACUUUGAACAUGUUAUUAUUACUACUAUUAUUACUAAAGACGGCAUAAACAACUGAUACACUCUUUCCUAUUUAACUAGUUUCUCAUUCUGUUAAUACCAUAUAGCUGAAUCUAUCAUUUCAGGUGUUGUUACAUAACUGGAAGACAAUAUGUGUUAAGCUAUUUUUCACAAUGGGUGGCAGCCUUCUUAUAAAUAGUAUAUAUUGAAGGAAAUUAAAAUUAUAUUAGUAAGAAAGUGUAAUGCUUUUAGUAGUGGCCCAGUUAAAAAAUGAUCAGUUUCCUUGCACUAUUGUCUGAUACUCAUCUACUGAAGAUGCUUACUUUGUAUGUUUAUGUUAAUUUAUGUGAACUGGAUAGUUCAAUUAUCAAGAUUUCAUUGUCCUCGUCAACUUCAACAUUUGAUCCAAGUGGAAGUGCAUUUUUCAGAUUAUUCUGAAAUAAUGAAUACAUGCUUCGUUUGCGACGGGUUGUCUUCGUAGGUGUUUGUAGUCUUUACUUUCCGUUCGAGAGGAAAGAAUCGUUAUUACAAAUCAGAUUAAUUAUUGAAUCAAAGAUUGCUUGAUAUGUACAUUGUUGUGAAUAAAGUAUGGUAAAGUUUCGUGAAUGUCUUAAUUUCUCAGAUAUUAGUCUCGAGGAACAUCAGAUAGCUGCUUUGUCACAGUAUGGAAAUCCAUAGUAGUCCGUACCCACAGCCCCUUAGUUCUCGUGACAAGUGCUAAAUUAUUAAGACCACAUGAUUUCCGUUUUGUAGUAUAAAUUUGCAACUAUAAUUGUCAUGAUACAGUAAGACGAUAAAUCCAAUACCACUGGUACCAGCUGUUUAACUCCUGACUUGUAGACACUCCGGGAACAAAUCAUUGAUACUUCAGGAAGUCAUCUCUAAGUAACUGAACUGACCUACGAUUUAUGAUAUAUCGAAAGACUAAAGAAAUGGUAAGUUGCAAAACUAUUUUAUCGUUUAUCAUUAUGUACACACUGUAUACUUGUGGUGUGGGCUACUUAUGUCCACAUAAGUAGUAUAUAACGGUGAUCAAGCAUAAAAUGUAUUUCAGUAGAAGAUCGAUGAGGAAACAACGGAAACAGAACGCAAUGGUAUGAAAAUGCAUGAACAAUGAAAUCUGAGACAGUGGAACGAUAUUUGCAAAGGAACAGUCAAGUUUGGGAUGAUGGAUUGAUAUUUUGCAAAUUAACUAUUUACUAUAUGGUUCUCAGAUUUUAGUGAGAUGCUCUGUAAUUUCGUGUCAAAUACUAGACUGUAGAUGGAAUGACAUGUGCGGUGAAAAAUAUUAUAGUCGGGGUAUUGAUUGGCGGCUUUAUCAAUUUUAACAUAUAAGUUUACCUUAUAGAUUGAUGAUUUUUUGUCUUUUAGGAAUUCCUUGUCUCUCCAGCGUUGCGGCUUGUUUAAGCUACAGCCUAUAAGACCAGACAGACUAAAACAUAUUCUAUUUAUCACCAAAUAUGUAACUUCGGUAAGGAUGUUAACAACUUUUCUUGCAUCUAACAAUUCUUUCUUAAACCUACUAAUCAUCAGUGAACGCUCUCAGGUCAUUAAGAUCACCUCUAAUCCAGUUUUCUUUUCAGGUACCUCCAGAAGAACCCUUCUAUGGUGUGGGAAACCGAGAAGUGAUAAUUACCUUCAUACCUCUAACAGCACUCAAGAUCACUGUAUUCAUAAUCAAUCUCCCUCUGCAAUUCCCAUUAUUCCAUCUACAUUGACUUUCAACUCUAAAUUUCCUUUUUUGGCUUCCUCCUCAAGUGUCACCAUGGCCAACGAUCCUAGUGCGCAAAACACUGUCCCAUGUCUUCUGAAACCUCGCUCCAAAUUACACAUUGUUGCCUUCAACGUACAUACGCUAUGUCAAAUCGGCCAGUACGCAUCCUUGGAUAAGACCCUAGAAUCUCGUACCAUUGAUGUAUUCUGUAUCUUCGAAACAAACAUGCAGGAUCCUAGUUUGGUCGUUCACUUGACUUCACCUCGCCAAAAUGGAGAACCGACGAGAUACACACUCCGUGUAUAUGGCUGCUUGAUAGCCAGUUCUCGUGGACUGGCAGGUGUAAGCAUAGCAAGUAAAUGUCAAGACAAGAGGACAGUUUGUCUGAAAUACGAGUAUGAAAAAGCCACAUUGAUUCAGUCUGUACUCAGUGAAUUAAAAGAGACAAGUGAAGUGUCGCAUUGGAUUAUUUUCGAGGAAAUUCCCCUUGUUGCGUAUAAACUAGUUCAAUGCAGGUGAGCGUCUUUGUGGGAUAUAUUGACACAGGUGUUGACCAAUAAGGUGACAGCAGACCAAUCCUUUUUUAGCUGAUAUUUCUAAAAGGUUUAAUUUUAUUAGUGUACUGUAUAUUUCUCGCUUCUAAUUCAUUCAAUUAAAGGGUCUCCAACACUAUGGUAACAAACAAUACUAUGUUAUUUCGUGCCAUCAUAUUUAACAAGAUUCAUUUGUCAAAGGUCAAAUAAACUACAAAUUAAAACACGUCAUAAAAUACCAUCUUGAGGAUAAAGUGUUUUUACUAAGUUUGGCCCAUAUGACAAUGAUGAUUCAAAUCUUAUAGAUAGCAUACUUUCCAUUAAUACUAGCACUGUUUCCGUUUUGGUGUUCAUCUUUAUAAUUCAAUCUUAACAUCCUGAUGUGAUGUAGCAACUUGGACUAAUGCUCAUGCCCCAGGUUUUACGUUUCUUAUGACUUUCUGACUAACCACAUAUUUAAAUGGAUUAAUUACCGCAUUUCAGUAAUGUUUCUCCCAUCAUAUAUUCAUUUGUUGCAAAAGAGUACACCACUUUUGUGUUACAGGCACAUAAUCAAUUAUUUGAUACCAGUCAAUUUUUCUACACCAAACACCGUCAUAUUUCAUAGUCCUCAGUGCUGUCUAAAUUCCUUCGACCAUAGUUUCAGUGUAACUAGUUUAGAAUGGUUGGAACUAGUUAACCUUACAUUAGGCUCCCUAUGUAUUAGUGUUUUUUUCAAUUAGGCCUUAUUGGCAAUCGGUUACAAAUACAAACCCGAUUAUACAGCUAUAUCCUGAUUUCCCACAACUAUUAUUACAAAAGUGUGGAGUAUUCUAGUUAAUUGUCUGGUGUAAAAGUGAACCGGAAAUUUAAAAAAUAGUAUAUUUAACUUAUGUUAAGAAGUUCAUAGCCGAAUAAAUUACUUUGCCACGUGGUCUUCCAUAAAAUGCACAUGCAAUUAAUAAUGUACUAUAUUGUUGAGUAUUUCACCUUUUAAUCUUCUAUAUCUUCCAAUUAAUCUAAUACUUUGCUUAAGUGUAAGUUGACUUUUUUAAUCAAUGUUGUGUUAUAUAUCACCGGAAAAUGUAAAAAGGGUAAUAUCGUAGCAUUUUGCCCAUUUGGUGUGCUAUGAUUCGAAAUCGUUUUCAGUUAGUUGUAUCCACUUUUCAAACCGUGAACUUAAUGUGAUUCCACACUACUUUUUAUCCUUUGUUAAUAUUCAUUACUUCUGAA